AUGGCAGGUCCUUGGCAUCUACAACUCGAGCACCACCUCGGUACUCCUGGCUACAACCAUGCGAGUCACGCCAUAAAUUCUUCAGGGCGUGAGGUGGAUGGCGAUGAACAACCCCAGCUUCUUGAGCUAGAGGCAGGUGGACUACAGCUCGGUCGCCGUGUGAGACAUCUCCAAGGUUCACAAUCAGAACCAGAACAAUGGGUCUGA